AUGUUAAAAAGGGUAGCCACUCGUCAAAAUGGUUUUGCGUUACUCUCGUGCAGCUCAGUCGGCCUACAGUAUGGUAGGGUCAAUCUGAGUACGAAGAGAAACUUUUCACUUUUUCAAAGUGUAGCAGACACGUUUUUAACUCUGCAUGAAGCCUCACACAUACCGUGGAUAUUACUUGUUCCUUUGGGUACCAUCACACUUAGAACCCUGGUGACACUGCCGUUCAGUAUAUGGCAGCGGAAGAGAAUCUUGAAACAGCAAGAAUUAAGGAAAUUGGUACAGCCAAUAACGCCAAUUAUUAAGCUUCGAUUAGCAGCCGUUACGAAUAAAAAGUCUAGAAAUGCCGCCAAAAUUAGUUCUAACGAUUCCUUCAUGCCACUACCACUACAGAGUCCUGACAUUCUGACCCCAGAACAAAUUACACUUUUGGCGGUGAAAGAGACAAGAAAGAGGCAGAAGAAAUUAUUCAAGAAGUACAAUGUACCAUUAUGGAAAAAUGCACUAUUGCCGAUGGUGCAAAUUCCUCUUUGGGUGACGGUUUCGAUGGGUAUCAGAACACUGACAGAGGCACAGCUUAUAGAAAUUUUUUAUCCUUCCUGGAUUUCCGUGCUGGAUUUUGGUUCUUUUGAUUUAAGCUCGCCGUUGGUAGCAAUGCCAUUGCUAGCGCCCAUCUUGGUGGGGACUUUGGCAGUAUUAAAUGUGGAACUCAAUGGCAGAUUGAUGUUCAGUUCAAGUAUGUCAUCGCAAGGUAUAAAAACGAUUUCAAGGAAUUCGACCAGGGCCCAAGAGGCAAUGACUAGUAUACUGAAUGUAUCGAGACUCGGUUGUGUGGUUAUGCUAGCAAUGUCUUCGCAAGCACCAUUCCUUCUUUCGCUCUAUUGGAUAUCAUCACAGCUAUACUCCCUAAUACAAAAUAUCAUAUUGAAUUGGAUAUAUCCUUACCAGCGAUGA